AUGGCGCUCGGCGGGGUCGGUCGCGGCGGCGCGGCGCGGGCCGCCUGGCCGCGGCUGCUGGUAACGGCGGCGGCGGCCGCGCUGGCGCUGGCGGGGCCGGCGCUGCCCGAGGUGCUGUUCCGCUGCCCGCCCUGCACGGCGGAGCGCCUGGCCGCCUGCCCCCCGGCCGCCCGCCCGCCCUGCCCCGAGCUGGUGCGGGAGCCGGGCUGCGGCUGCUGCCCGGUGUGCGCCCGCCUGGAGGCCGAGGCGUGCGGCGUCUACACUCCGCGCUGCGCCGCCGGCUUGCGCUGCUACCCCGACCCCGGCGCCGAGCUGCCCCUGCAAGCCCUCGUGCAGGGGCAGGGCACCUGCGCCCGCCGCCGCGACACUGCCGAGUAUGGCGCCAGCGCCGAGCGCCCCGCAGAUAAUGGUGAUGACCGGUCUGAGAGCAUCCUUGCUGAGAACCAUGUGGAUGGCACCACAGGGAUCCUGAGUGGAACUGGUGGGAGGAAGCCUAUGAAGACGGGCAUGAAGGAGCUGGCAGUUAUGAGGGAGAAGGUGAACGAGCAGCAGCGGCAGAUGGGCAAAGUUGGCAAGCCUCAUCACAACCACGAGGACUCCAAGAAGUCACGGCUGUCUACGGGCAGGACCCGUUGUCAGCAGGAGCUGGAUCAGGUCCUUGAACGCAUCUCCACUAUGCGGCUGCCGGAUGAGCGAGGUCCCCUGGAGCACCUCUACUCUCUCCACAUCCCUAACUGUGACAAGCAUGGCUUGUACAAUCUCAAACAGUGCAAGAUGUCGGUGAAUGGGCAGCGUGGCGAGUGCUGGUGCGUGGACCCCAUCCAUGGGAAGGUGAUCCAGGGUGCACCCACCAUCCGCGGGGACCCUGAGUGCCACCUCUUCUACACAGCUCAUGAGCAGGAGGACCGGGGAGUGCAUGCCCUGCGAAGCCAGUAGACAGACGUGAUCCUGCUUGCUGGAGGCGGCUCGCUGUGGCCCCAGUGCUGGAUUUUACAUGGGUUUCAGCGCGUCUCUUUAGGCUCUGGAAGAGACUGGGGUUGGGUCCUGCGUGCUGCUCUCCUUCCCCUGCUGCCCGGCUCCUGGGGAGGGGAGAGAUAAUGGGAGGGGAAGGGCGGUGGGAGGUUGCAAGGAGAAGGGACUGCUUUCCUAUAGUCUUUCACCCAAUGUAAGCCAGAGAAUCGGUCUUUUUUGCUCCUCACCCUGUGGCCCUGCCAUCCCUGCUGCUUUGUGGCAUCUUCCUGCACCCUUCAGCACAGAAUGCUGCGUGCUCCCUGACACUUUCCAGGGGCCAAAACGCUUUGCCAUAGGUGGGAGUGGGACAAAGCAAAACAAAAAAAGUUAGAAAAACACCCUUCCCCUUCUUUCCCUCCCUUCCCCAAGACCAAAGACUGUAAAUACUGUGUGGCCUGCCUCUUGCAUCCUACUGGUCCCCUAUGCCCCAGCCUGGCCAUUGGUUGUGGCAUGGGAUGCAGUGUGGGAGGGAGGGAAGAAGGAAAGCCCCUGUCUUCCCAGCUGGAACAUGCUGGCACAGUCAAGAUGCAUCUCCCAACAAGGCAUCAGUGAGGGAAACGGCUAAAGAUGAGACAGCUCCCUCUGCUCCUAAAGUAUCCCUAGGUGGUUUCCUUCCUGGUGCUGGGGCACAGUCAGCCCCAGGUUUGGGAUGACAGGGCCUUUGGGUGAUGAUGAAGCUAAACACUUGGUUUUCCAGGGGAUCUUGAAGGGCUAUUGCUGAGUAUUUCUUAGAAUCAGCUUGUGCUGAGGGAGUUAAAGUGAACUUGCUGGGGCUGGCUGGAAGGAUGCCUGUGUAGAUUUAGGAUAACAAGCCAGGGAGUGUCUCUGUCUGUCUCUUUCUCUCUUAUUCAUUCUUUCUUUCUUUCUAGAUAGGAAAAACCCAUCUAAAACCUGCACUCCCAAGCAGCUGCCCUUGUCCCUCCAUUUUCGCUUGGGACUGGAGUGAGCAUCUGCUAUUCAGCACACACUUUAUCUUUUUCUUGUAAGUAAAUUACAGUAUGUAUCGUGCUUUGUAAAGGUCCUGACACACAUGCACCCCUCUGCCCACAUACACGUUUGAGUAGCUUAAAUCCAAGCGAUCCAAGCACUCAGAGAGGUUUUGCGCUGGACAUGCCACUCUGAGAAGAGAUGUCUCUGCUGUUAUUUCACCUGUUGAUUUCUUCCUGUACAGAACACACAGACACUGAGAAUAAAUAACUUCCCUGUCGCCUAAGUAAGGAGAUUUGUUUUCUACCUUUUGUUUUCCCCUCUUUCCUUUUUAAUAUGGAUACUAUUUGCAUAGCAGUUGCAAAAAUUCUCUCCUUACAGUAGAAAUCUCAGGCUUCCCCUAAAUAAAAUCAAGGCUGGGGGCAGGGUGGAGAAUAAAGCAUCUCCCAAGUUUUGGCAAAUGCUUCUGAGCAGCAAAGAGACUCCAGGUCCCAGGUCCAUCAUGGGGUUAGGUUCAAUUAGGGUGGAGGAAGGGGGUUCCCUGGUGACUGUGGGUGCUGGUGGGGAGCACCCUGUGCCUGCAUGAUGGGUGCCAGGCAGCAAAUCUAACUGACCAUGACCUUCAGGGAUGGGACCAUCCCCUAGUGACUGCCGAUAUGCCUUGGAAACACGCAACCAUGCUAAAGAAACAUCAUGUCAGGGUUCCCACUGCUGAUACUCCCUCAUCUGGGGACUUUGCUCUGGAGAAGGAAAAGCAAAAAGCCCAUAGGCUCUGGAGGAAGCAGAAUGCUGGGAUUUGUUGCUUCCUCCCUUUUGGCCCCAUAUUUCAGAUCCUAAGUUCAAAGGGCAUGGCAGUCUCUGCAAAUUAAGCCCCUCACAACUUUCCAGGGCUUUGGAUGUGGCAGUGGAGAGAUGGGGAAGGGGACCCCUUUGGAAAGUCAGGGAUGUCGGGGUGCACAUGAGAAUGUGUAUGAGAGGGAGCAAGAGAGAAAACAAACCACAUCUCCAUGCAAAGCCAAGUAACUGUAAAAAUGAUGCUACCUGUUUUCUGUUAACAGCUGAGGGUGUUCUGCUUGUUCAUGUAAACCUUGCACAUGCUGGCUCUCAUCUACAGUUUGUACUUUUUGUUUUGUUUAGGAACCAGGAAGUUUUCUUUUGUGUUUUUCUUUUUUUUUUUCUCUUUUGGAAAAGCUGAGCUGCAUAAAGUUGGAAUAAAUUAAAUGGGA